AUAUAAACGAGAAUACGAAGUUGUUUAUAUCGGGGCUUUGUUCGUUCAAAGAAACCAAGCUGCAAAAAUAAAUAAAAUUCCGGUGGGAGAGGAGCAGAUGGUGAUCAAGAGCAACAACUAGAUUAAAACAGACAAUCAAAUCAAAUAAAUAUUUGAUUUUGUUGCGAUCAAAUAAAAUUUUGAUUGUUCUUUGAUUGUUGCACAUUCAUCUGUUCGAAAAUGAGCCACCCUCUCCCACCGGAAGACAGCAGCGUUUCUGCCUCGGCCAACAAUGUCGUGGCCGUGGCCAUUGCGAAAAGCAAAAGCAGCCAGAAUGCCGCUAGGUGGGCUAUCAACAAUCUCUUGACUCGCAACAGCGAUUCCCCUGCACUUCUUCUGAUUCAUGUCAAGAAACAAAAUGAUUCUUCUGAUAUUGAUAGUACUGAUACAAAUGCGAAUGGUGAAUCAUAUGAAAACGAAACAUCAAAGCUCAUCAAAACAUUUAGUACGUACUGCACGCGAAAAGGGUUUAAACAACAAGCAGUUGUCCUCGAAGAUAACGAUGUUUCCAAGUCACUUGUGCAGUAUAUAACUGAGAAAAGGAUUAACAAUAUUGUUCUUGGUGUAUCAUCAACCGGUGAUGUUGCGAAAAUGGUCACAGAAUCUGCACCAGAGUUUUGUUCAGUGUAUGUUGUUGCAAAUGACAAGCUACAGUCUGUUAGACCAGCAACAUUGGAUGUCGAAAAUCUUUCCAGUCCUGAGACGACACCGCCUGAAGUUUCAGUAGAGCAUUAUAAACAAGACAAUGAUGUUAGGGAUGAUAGUUGUGAGUCCCCUCAUGAUGAUAAAGAUUUCCCAGAGCCAUCUGGAGCCAUUGUUGUUGCCCAAGACGUAACUUCUAACAAAUUAUCUGAAAAUGACGAGGAUGCAACUCAACCAUUGUCCAUUAAAGAUUCGGAUGCAGAGUUGAAAAGACUGAAGCACGAGCUGAAGCAAACCAUAAGCAUGUAUAAAUCAGCUUGCAGAGAAGCCGCUAGAGCAAAAAGGAUGGUCAAAGAGAUUCACCAAUGGAAACAAAAAGAAGCUCCAAAAUAUGAGCAAGUGCGGCUUGCUCAUGAGGCAGCACUCGUUUUGGCCAAGGUGGAAAAGGUGAAAUGCAGGGCUGCAACUGAAGCAGCUGAAAAAGCAAAAAGGCUAGCUGAUAUUGAAGCACAGAGAAGAUUGUAUGCAGAGUUAAAGGUCAAGAAAGAUGCUGCAGCAAAGAAGAGGGCUUUGAAUGUUUUAUCUAAAAAUGAUGUUCGGUACAGAAAGUACACCUUGGAAGAGAUUGAGGCAGCUACUGAUAAGUUCUCAGAUUCCUUAAUGAUCGGUGAAGGUGGAUAUGGACCAGUUUAUAAAGGCAAGCUUGACCACACUGCAGUUGCCAUCAAAGUUCUUAGAUCAGGUGGUGGUGCUGCUGCCCAAGGGAAACGACAAUACCAACAAGAGAUCGAGGUUCUAAGUUCCAUGAGGCAUCCCAACAUGGUCCUUCUUUUAGGCGCCUGUCCCAAGUAUGGAUGUUUAGUAUAUGAAUAUAUGAAUUAUGGCAGCUUGGAAGAUAGACUGUUCCGUAAAGGAAACACCCCUACAAUCCCAUGGAGAGUUCGUUUUAAAAUAGCAGCUGAGAUUGCCACUGGACUUCUGUUUCUGCACAAUGCAAAACCAGAACCCCUUGUGCACCGUGACCUCAAGCCGGCCAACAUCCUUUUGGACCGUAACUAUACAUGUAAAAUUAGUGAUGUUGGUUUAUCAAGAUUAGUCCCAGCUCCAGUAGCUGACAAUGUCUCACAAUAUCGGAUGACUGCAGCAGCAGGAACAUUUUGUUACAUUGAUCCUGAAUACCAACAAACGGGUAGAUUGGGUGUUAAAUCAGACGUAUACUCUUUUGGAAUAAUGCUGCUUCAGAUUAUAACUGCAAGGCCCCCAAUGGGUCUCACUCACCAAGUAGAGAAAGCCAUCACAGCGGGAGCAUUUAAAAGUAUACUUGACCCGUCCGUGCCAGAUUGGCCUGUGGAAGAGGCUCUUAGCUUUGCGAAACUAGCACUGAAAUGUGCUGAGCUAAAGAAGAAAGACAGACCAAAUCUUGGUUCAGAUGUUUUGCCUGAGCUUAACCGUUUAAGAGAAUUCGGAAAGAGAAAAUCAAGUCAAGGCCCUGUUCUAAAUGAUAUGCAGGAAACCAAGGAAAGUGUUGCUACAUCUCCUGAAAGAAGAUAGCACACCAUGACAUUAACGCUGCUGGAAACGAUAGAACUGGAUUGCCAAUACCAGACAGGUUCUUGUUCUUCAAGAUUCAGAAUUUGAUCUUUUUCCAUGUACAUGCGAGUCUUUCUUGGAAUUUUGGGCAUACAGUUUUAAAUAGUGACAAAAAUUUAAGUACAUCGCGUUUGAAAGUUUUUAUUGCAGUAUCUUUUUUUCUUUGC